GCUCAAGAGAGGUUUUCGAGGCGCCAGUUCGUCCAUCGACGACUUCACCUAGCGCCUUGUCUAUGGCGUGCACGACAAACGACCAGCGUGUGCUCUCAUGAAGAUCAGGCGCUCGUGCCUUUGUAUGUUCAUAUACAGGGGAGUUUUCUGAGCCCUCUUGAACAAGAGCAUGCAAGCGAUGGCUGCGUCCUGAUAGCCAGAGAACAUAUAUAAGUCGACAGCACAGGGACUUUGACAACUCGUCCAGCAUUUUAGCCAUUCUCUCUCUCUCUAUCCCAUUCCACAAUAGCCUUCCAUAUCCCGCACCAAGCCCUCUUAUCACCCACGAUGUCUGAACCAGACACCUCAGUCGCCAUCAAUCCGUACCUCCACCACGUGGCAAAGGGCGCCUCAUCCGCCUUCGCCGUUCUCUUCUUCUUGUCCUUCCUCUUGCACAUCUAUCAAAGCAGCAAGUACAAGUCAUGGUAUUACACCAUGUGUCUUCCCAUGGCAGCCGGCCUGGUAGUUGGCGGGUUUAUAUGUCGUGAAAUCUCGGCAUUCAAUGGCUCUGAUCAAGUCAGCGCUGUCGAGGGACUCUUUUAUACUGCGACUUACGUCUUCACCGUUCCACUUUAUGCCUUAAUCCUUCAUCUCGACUACCACCUCCCCACCUAUCCACCAGCAUUGGUUCCUCGAAUCCAUCCGCCGCUGUACCUUCUGCUCAUCUCCAUCUUCACCUCCGCCAUCAUCGCUUGCACCGCCCAGGGCUGCGCGACUUACUUCUCUCCCGAGGGUCGGUCAUCCGGCGAGCUCACUUCGGGGCUGCGUCUCGUCAAAGCAUCCCUCUUUCUACAGCUCUUUCUCAACCUGCUUCUCAUCAUAAUCCUCAAAGUCUGGCUGAUCAGGCUGUGCAUCCGACGCCGUCGGCCGGCCCAGCAGACGUCCAGCCCACCCCACGAUGUGGCCAAAGUUGUCGGCCUCGUCUUCUUCCUGCUCGGGUUGAUCGUCCUGACGAAUGUCUUCCGCACAGUCCAAAUCUACGCUCAGCCGACUUCACGGCUCUGGACCACCGAGGGGUGGUUCUGGGGGUUUAUGGUCGCAGAGUGGGUGCUGUAUAGUGCGGCAUGGCAUUUGAUGCAUCCCGGGCGCAUGAUGAACCAACGUGGAUGGGGACAGUGCUGUCACAGGUCAAACCGCGGUGGCAGUGGGAACGAGCAGACCCCUGCUCGGAAGGUCUGACGCAGUAUCGGAGGGACAGAGGAAGGGAGGGAGGAAGAACGAGAAGAGAGAGUAGGACAAGCUGCUGUGAGGCAAAGAAACCCUCGUUUGAAAAAGUCCAGAAUAAGGGAUAAGGCUGUGUGGUUUCAGGGACAGAGGUUUCUCGUGCGAAUAACACUGGGGUAGUAGGGAUAGGUCGACUGGCUCUCCUGACUUUUACCGUUAUAGCGUUCUUGUGGCCACCCAUAAUCCGUGGAGAGGGAUGAGGCCGCGUUUGAGCUCACUGAGCCACCAAUCAAGUCACUUCUUACGACUGAGUGCGAGACCGAUUGAUCCGACAUCCAAG